GUCUGAGUAAGUCUCGCUCGGUCGCUCUCUCCUCCCUCUCUCAUUCUCACUCUUUGGUGUUUGAUUGAAGUUUUUACUCUUUUUCUCUGUGACCGUGUUUCCUAGGUUGAUUAUCAAUGGCUUUCUCAAGACCUCUAGCUUCAUGCAUGUUGCUCGUCUGUCUCCUCUUCAGCUUCUCAGAAGCUAGAGAGAUCUUAGUUGGCGGUAAAACAGACGCAUGGGAGAUCCCAUCCUCUGAACCCGAAUCUCUAAACCGAUGGGCCGGAGCAUCUCGUUUUCAAAUCGGAGACUCACUCGUGUGGAAGUACGAUGCCAACAAGGACUCGGUUUUGCAAGUGACCAAGGAGGCGUACGCCAGCUGCAACGUUUCGAGCCCCAUCGCUGAAUACAAGGAUGGAAACACCAAGGUUGUGCUUGACAGAUCAGGGCCUUUCUAUUUCAUCAGCGGAGCUAAUGGACACUGCGAGAAGGGGCAGAAGCUGAUUGUGGUUGUGCUUUCUCCGAGAAGUGGGUUCAUUAGCUUUUCUCCGGCUGCAUCUCCGUCUGAAAUCGAGGCCCCUGCAGUGGCUCCAACAAGCAGUGCUACAAGCUUAAAGGGUGGCUUGAUGGUGGUGCUUGGGAUCUUGGUGGGCAUGGUUUUGUUCUGAGAACAAUAGAUCAACUGGGUUUGCUGGAUUCAGGGGAUUAUAUUUGAUUCAUUUAUUGAUUUAUUUUUCUGGGGAUUCUUUUUUGGGCAUGAAUUGUUACAAUUACUGAAAUUAUAAUGAAAUUUAUACAGAUGGAUUGUCUUUA